GCCUCAAGCACCGGCGAGAGGUGGCAGGGAAGAGUGCCAUCUUCAGCGGGGAGCACUUCGUCCUGGAAGAGACCGACUGGUACUUGCUCAACCUCUUCCGUCUCUGGUGGCACUAUGGCAUCAGCUUCCUGCGCCUGCAGAUGUGGGUGGAGGAGGUGAUGGAGAAGUUCAUGAGGAUCUACAAGUACCAGGCGCAUGGCUAUGCCUUCUCCAGCUUGGAGGAGCUGCUGCGCUCCCUGGGGGGUGAUGCCUUUGUCAAUAUGACACAGCGCUCGGUGGCCGAGUCCUUGCUGGAGGUGGGCGUCACACAGCGCUUCGUGGAUGAUGUCAUCGCGGCUGUCCUGCGCUCCAGCUAUGGGCAGUCAGUGCUGGUGCCCGCCUUCGCAGGAGCCAUGUCACUGGCGGGGGCCCAGGGCAGCACCUGGGCAGUGGAAGGAGGCAACAAGCUGGUGUGUUCAGGUCUGCUGAAGCUGACCAAAGCCAACGUUAUCCCAGCCAGGGUGACGGGUGUCUCCUUGCACAGCUCAGAGGGGAAGGCCCUGUACCAGGUGCACUACGAGGGCAGUGAAGGCCAGGGCUCAACUUUCUACGACAUGGUGGUUGUGACAACUCCCCUGCACCCCAGCAGGAGUAACUUCACCUUUGAGAACUUUGAGCCACCCAUCGCCGACUUUCCCGGAGCCUUCCAGCCCUCUGUCACCUCCGUGGUGCAUGGCUACCUCAACUCCUCCUACUUCGGCUUCCCUGACCCCAAGCUCUUCCCCUUUGCCAGCAUCCUCACCACUGACACCCCUGACCUCUUCUUCAACGCCAUGGACAAUAUCUGUCCUGUCAACAUCUCGGCAGCUUUCCGUCGCAAGCAGCCCCAGGAGGCUGCAGUGCGGCGUGUCCUCUCCCAGCAGCCCCUGGACCUGCAGCAGCUGAAGACCCUCUUCAGGUCCUACUACUCGGUGCAGGUGACGGAGUGGCCGGCAUAUCCCCGCUACGAUGCCGCCAAGUCCCUCCCACCCAUUGUGCUCCAUGAAAACCUAUUCUACCUCAGCGGUGUGGAGUGGGUGGCCAGCUCCAUGGAGAUGAUAGCAGUGGCAGCCAAAAAUGUGGCCCUGCUGGCUUACAAUCGCUGGCAUCAGGACCUGGAGAAAAUUGACCAGAAGGACUUGAUGCACAAAGUGAAGACUGAGCUGUGA